AUGCGGCUGGUGCCCCUGGACGACGCGCUGGAGAAGAUCCAAAUGCAGAAGGCGGCGACGCCCGUGCCGAGGCCCGACGGGCUACGUGAGGCAGGAGAGAUUUUGGAGACCACGAAGGCGAACGCUGUUGUGUGUGAGAAGAGCAGUUUCGACGAAAUAGACAUCAAUGCGCAGCGGAUUGAGGCCGUGCGGACCUUCGUGCAAAGGCUGGAUGAGGAGUGCGCGCAUGGCGGGGCCGACGACACGUCGAACUCCAGCGAGGACGAGGAAGACGGCGGGAAGGCAGAACGGGCAAGUAAACGCGGGCGCGUCCACGAGGGAGUGCCCUCGGGCGCGAAUGAGGCGGCCCGAGAAGCAGUGGAGCGCGACAUGCUGACUCAGGUCGAGCAGCUCACUCCCGCGGAAAUCGCGGAAGGAGCGAAGCAGAUUUAUCAAGCGCUCGACGGGAAGUACGUAGACAUCAACAAUAGGAAACAGAAAGUGAACGGCGACAUGACCAAAGUGCGGCACGUGCCAACGUUGGGGAAAGCCGCCCAUAAGCUGCUUACGCACAUAGAGCACACUUCGCGGCGACUGUCUGGUACACAGGAAGCGCGUCGAGUCAUGCGAUUUGAGACGAACGCGCUGCGAGUGCGGUACGGCGUCCCCAUUUUCGUAACCUUCUCGCCCGACGAAGGUCACAAUCUUCUCAUGGUGAGACUCUCGCGCACUCGACGGCAAGACCCUGUGCACAAGGCGGCUGAUGACGAAGCGCAGUCGCGGCUGGCGGGGGGUCGGGGCUGGCCGCGCGUAGCCCCCGACAUGGAUGGGCUGCAGAUGGACCUGCCAAUGGCCGCGGGGGAGGCAGAAGUGCCGCCAUGGAACGAGCGCAGACGAAUUCUUGCGAGAGAUCCCAUGGCCAGCGUGGACGGGUUCCGUAUCCUGGUGGACGCCGCGCUCCGUCACUUGUUCGGCGUGCGGAUCUGUCCGAACUGCCCGCGGUGCAACGAGGAGAGCGGGGACUUGUACGGCUUCUUACCCAUCGCUGAAGGCAUGCCCGUCGCUCUGACCGAUCAUAUCGAUCGAAGCGAGGACAAGAACCUGCUGCGCGGUCGCGUUGGCCGGGUGCAAUCCUGGGUAUGCGACGGGGACGGCGUCGAUGAUCGAGUCACGCGCGGCGGGGAGACCAUAUUGAAGAAGACGCCGAAAGUGAUUUUCGUGUUGUUCGACGAAGGCGAUGACGGGAACGGCGGCAGGAAGCCAUGCCAGUGGACGAUCGAGGGAUUGAAGACGCCCGGCCUGUACCCCGUGAUCCCGCAGAAGAAAGAUUGGUUCGUGGACAUGCUGAUCUUUCGCCCUUUCGACAUUGCGCCGUAUCAGAAGAAGGACGAACGGAAGGGCCCGGACUUACUGCUGCGCACGUUGCGCGGAGAAGAAUUGGACUGGGAGGCGAUAGAGCGCGAGUUCAUGCCGUCUGGCAGGUGCGCGGUCUGCGGGUGCACGAAGUACAAGAACAUGUACCCAACGGUCGGGCAGUGGAGCCGCGCAGAUGGGCUCCGCGUGUGCAGCGUGUGCAUGGAAGAUAAGAAGAGGGCUGGCACGCCGUGGCAAUGCAUGGAGUGUGGUCUAUGGAAGUGCCAGGAGGCGUUCCACGCGUCACAGCACCAUCCGUCGAAGUUGACCACGCGGCGCUGCGUGGACUGCCCGGAGAGACGGAGUUGUCGCGUGUGCGAGGAUCGGAAGUACGAGCAAGCUUUCGCGGCGUUUCAGUGGGAUAAGGCAGGGAACGCCCGGUGCAAAGGAGGGAUGUGCCUGGAAUGCGAGGAGCUGAAGAAGCACCUGACGUGUUCGCGCUGCGGCCAGCAGAAGUUACCAGUUGAAUUUGCCAAAGCGGAACAGGUCAACGACGAACCCACAUGCAAGGCUUGUAAGAAGUCGCAGAGAGAGGUGGAGAAGGCCCGCGCCGAAGAAGCGAAGCGAGUGGUAUGCUCAGCAUGUGGAGCGGCGAAGAGUAAGGCGGAAUUCUCCUCUCACAUGUUGGUCAACGCGUCGGAAGCGUCGAUUGCCUGUACCACGUGCGUGGACGCUGCAACCGCCCAACGGAAUAUGGCGGCGAGCAAAGACGUGAAGACCUGUGUUGGGUGCGGGGUGGCGCAACGGCGCGAUUGCUUUUCACGAAAGAUGUGGGAUGGAGUGGUCGCGAGUGACCGGAAGUGCAAGCGCUGCGUCGACGCUGGCGCUGCGCAGAGGGACGCGGCUGCGAGGAAGGACGAGAGAGCCUGCGUUGCGUGCGGGGUGGCGCAGCGGCGUGAAUGCUUUUCGCAGUGGAUGUGGGAGGGCGUGGCAGAGCGUCACCGCAAGUGCAAGCGCUGCAUCGAUGGCGCGAAGCUGCAGCGUGGAAAGUGGAAAUGUGUGGAAUGUAAGGGCGCUUUCGAGAGGGAGCACUACAGCACCUGGUUGGCCGGGCGAACGACGCAGAAGGCGGAUGGAAAGCAGAGGUGCAACGGCUGCUGUGCUGGCCAAGAGCGCAAACGGAAGGAAGUCGCUGAGAGGAGCCUCGCGUCGGUGACGAAAAUACGUAAAGCUGGAUAG